AUGUCAGUGCCGCUUAUCACAAACUCUCCCGAGGUCAUACCGUUGCUAAUCACGUCACAAGGAAACAACUACCUUGCUGUAUCUUUUGGAGCGUUAGCUGCCUAUGACUAUAGUGGGAUCAUUCUGUUUAUUCUCGUCGCCUUCUUUGUCUGGGUCAAGAGAGGCGUAAACUUUCGUGGAUAUCGUGGUGUUAUGCAUCCAUUCUUAUUUACCAUCAAAGUCUUUAACGAACAACGUUCCGUGCUUCACAUGGUCGUGCAACUAAGCGUACCAUAUGUCCUGGAAGCGAUUUUACAAGGAGUGAUGACGGCUUGCGUCUGUGUAUUCUACAAAUCCACACGGAAUAUCUUGACUUGUGUAUACGUUGGAUUUCUCCUGGCCCAUCUGGUCAGUGCAGCGCUGAACAUCAUGGAGUCUCUCCCACCAUAUGGCUAUACCUUUUCUACAUUAAUAUGGGCUGACACAACGGUUGCCGUGUACAUGGGCCUUCCGUACUGCAUCACCCUUAAUCCAACCUUAUUUCUCGCGUGGCUGAACCCUGUUGACGCCGCAAUCUCCUUGGGCCUCGAAAUGAUAUUAUUUCUCAUGAUGUUAUACCGCUCCAUAUGCUACUUACGGGAGAACAAGGACUUUGUACGUCAAUUCAAGAGCGUCGCGCAAGUGAUCUUCCAGCAGGGUCUGCUUUACUUCGUCUGGUGCGUUCUAUGCAGCCCAUCCACCAAGGCUGUCAUGCUCAGGCCAAGACAGAACCUCGAAACCGUGGUCCUUACCAAUAUAGGGUGGAUCCUUCAGAUGAUGCUUUUAUGCAUGAUCGGCCCAUGGUUCAUUUUGUCCAUUCGCAAGCACGACAUGGUCCGAGUGAAAGGAGGCGCCGAUAUACCAAUGCGGUCGCUGAGCGCCAUGGUGUUCCUAAUGCCGAAUCUCCCUGAGGAACAUGCCGUGGAAAUCGGAGACAUGGAGGACAUUGGGACUGAGCAGCAGGGUGGCGUUUUUGUUUGA